GAUCCAAAUAUCAGCUAAAGAAAGUAAUAUAAUUACUCAUACUCUCGUUGAUCACAAAGUUUGAUUUAUCUCGCGAUUCCGGAACGGAAUUUCCGUUUCUAUUAGAUUAUCUACAAUUGCAUGAAAAGUAAAACUGUAAGAAUGCGAACGCAUACACUCAAAAAAUAAUAAAUUGUAAUUACGUAAUUUGGGCGUCUUUUUUGUUCACAUACUAUGUAGCUAUGAAUGCGAUAAGACUGACCACUUGCGAUCCAAAGUCAAAUACAAAUAAAAGUUACAAAAAAAUUACCAAAAUAAGAAUAACAAAACGAUGAUAGUGUAAUCUCAAUUUCAACAUGUGAGUCUCUUCACAAUAAAUGAAUGGGUGAGAAUUAAAGUGACUAGAAAACCAGUGGAAAUUACAACAUAACAAAAUAUUAAUUACAGCAACAGCUAGAUAUGUAGAAAAUGUAGGUCACUUUAAUCCUCAGCCGUUCAAAUUUAUUACGCCAUAAAGAUCACAAGUCUCGUAACAUAGUAAACAAGUCAACGUAAUUCAUUCAAAACAGAUGCAUUUCUAUAGCACAAGAAACUUGAAUAGUCUGUGAAUUUGAAAAAAUAUUUUCAGUUUCAACAAAAAUAUCAAAUCGUGUAUUCUCUCGAAGUAGAUUUUGGCAAUUUGAUUGUGUUUAGUGAAAAAAAUUACAAUUCAACUGAGCGAUAUUUUAUCAUUGAUGAUGAACGUGAAAUAUGUGUUUCCUUUACUAAUUUUGUUUUUUGGAGUAAGAGCCGCACGUUUUCCUGAUUUAGAUUUAAAACUAUUAAGUGCUGCAGAUGAAGGUCGAACAGAAGAAUGUAAGACCUUACUAGAAGCAGGAGCAAGUAUAAGUGCCCGCACAGAGUAUGGUGAAUAUACUCCUCUUCUUUUAGCAACUAAGAAUGGUAACAUAGAAUUAGUCCAAUAUCUAACCGAAUAUGGAGCUGAUGUAAAUGUAGAAGUUAACGGCAUCGUUGCAAGCAGGCCGUUGCACUACGCUGCCGUACGAGGUCACACCGAAAUAGUAAAAUAUCUUAUCGAGUAUGGAGCAAAUGUGAAUGUCAAAAAUGUAUUCCAAUACACUCCUACAAUGAUUGCGGCGUGGAAAGCUUACGCAGAUAUAGUGAAAUGUUUAAUCAAAAAUGGAGCUGAAGUAAAUGAUGAGGAUGAGAACAAACAGACCGCACUCCACUGGGCAAUUAUUUCAAACGGUUAUGCUAAGACAGAAAUCGUCAAAUACCUAGUCAGUCACAGAGCAAAUGUACAAGCCGAAAACAUCUGGCAAGAAACGCCACUUCACUCAGCUGCUGACAAGGGUGACAUAGAAAUAGUAAAAUACCUUGUUAAUCACGGAGCAAAUGUACAUGCCGUAAAUAUCUGGCAAGAAACGCCACUUCACUCAGCCGCUUCGAAUGGUCAUACAGAAACGGUUAAAUUUCUAGUCGAACAUGGAGCUAAUAUUAAUGUGAAAGAUAAUUCGCAACAUACACCCCAUUAUUAUGCUAAUAAGAAUGGUCACAUCGAUGUAAUCAAUUAUCUUAGAGGACAUGGGACACAUUUAAAUAACCAUUUUAUUUAUAAUUAAAGUAUAAUCAAAUUGAAAUUAAAAUAUUUUUUAAUAUACAUUUUUUAUGCAACGUACAAAAUUUAGUACAAAAAAGUUCUAAUGCAA